AUGUGGUCAAGCGACAGCUCAGAUGGUGACAGUGUCAACCAAGUCUCGGCUCUCACCAACGGCCAGCUACGGCAGAUGCUUGACGACAUCAAGCCCACCCUCAUCGGAAUAAUGGAAGGAACUGUGAAGAGCGCUAAGCAUGAUUGGUUCCUUUCUCGGAGGAAUAGGAAGGACAUGACCUUCAAUUGCGGAAUGGGCAGAUUCGUGACCUGGCAGCACGAGUUCAUCUCAUCUUACCUCAUGAAGAGAUUGGUGAAGAAACAGAUAUCAUCGGCAGUGGACUACAUCAUUUUAGUAAUGUUUCCAGAAGCUCUGGCGAGAAUUUAUAUGGCCGUCAACGAUGUUAGUUUUGACAAGGCGUCCAAGGCUCUCUUCAAGAAAAACGUCAAAGAGGACCUGGAGGAAGAGCCGAAGGUAAGAAAGAAGAUUUUAGUCGCAUCAAUUCUGAUUUAAAUUAAUUGUUAAACAUCUUCCCAUUUACAGGUUAUACAUUUCUCGCCCCGUAAGGCUAUAUUGGUGAAAGGAUCUGGUCGUGGCACUAAGCCAACGGUUGAGGUUAUUGAGGUUGAAGAUGAUGAGGUCCCACAAGAUGAGGAGGUCCCAGGCGAGAAGCCCGUCAACACAUCUGAGGAUGCAGAUGAGGAAGAUGAGGACUUCGAACUCCCUCCGGUGAGUCAGUUAUUAAUUUAGUAUGCUUAAAAUGACGAAUCAAGUAAUGAUGCGAAAUAACUUUUACAUUUUCUAAUUGUUAUUAUUUUUAUGUGUUUUCAAGGAAGAAGAAGAGGAAGAGCAGGAAGGAGAGGCAGAUAUUCAAGAUGAAGAAGGAAAUGAUGAUGAUCAUUCAGAAACUAUGUUCCCCAAACCUCUUAAGGUUUGUUUCCUAUAAUGCUAUCCGGUAUGCCAUGGUAAACACAAUAGGAGUUAGGAGUUAGAAGGAUAACACCAUAGCCGCAUAUAAGGUAGUAAUAUAUUGAAAACAUUUAUUUAUAGAAUAAGAGACGGCUGAAACCCUGCCCCAUUUGCGGGCGUUCCUUCAAGGUCCUCCUAUCACACCUGAAGGUAAAACAUAAACUCGGCGCACAGGAAGCAAAGCGUCUGUCCGGCCAGAAACGUCUCGUCCAGUUGGGGACCACACAAAAGACCCCCCCUGUCCCCUGUCCGCAACCUGGAUGCAGAAAUGUGGUUGUCCGUGUCGACCGGCACCUCGUCAGGGUGCACGGGAUGGAAAAGACCGACACAGAGUACAUUCGAAUGAACAAUGAAGCAAAGGCCAAGAGGCAUAGUGCUGCAUCAAAAAAAGCAGCCAAGUUGUUAAAAAGAAAGUCGCCCAUGAAAAUGGAUGACCUUCCAUUGAAAGGAGAAGCAGAAGACACAGAAGUGUCUUUAUCCUCCAGCGAGGAGGAGGACGAGGAAGAGGAAGAACAAGAAAUGGACGAAAUAAGCGCCCCAAAAAUAAUUCAGAGGAAUUCCAUCAACGGCAAGGUCGACAACAUCCCGGCUUUGUCGCAGUUUUACAAGUACUUGUACUCAAUGGAUGGCGGUGCACGGCCAGUCAAGGCAAGCAAAGAAAAUAAACGAAGGGUUGGACGGCUUCUAUUUGAAAUAACUUCGCGGAUGGAGGAUGUCCGCCUGCUGUGGGAUGACUGUUCCCUCCGAAAACUAAGAUCGACCUUCUUCGAAGGUAACCACCUGCUGCCUGAGAAGCAACGCCGUCAACCCCACACCUUGCGUGCAUACAUCACUGCCCUGCGAUUGUUUUAUGAUUUCGUGGUGGCAAUGCGCGUGAGGUUGGGGAAGACGUGUAAUGUCAUCAUCAGCCAGGACGACCUGGAGAAUAUCCAAAGUGCCCGGCAACUGACAGCUGGAUGGCUGAAAAGUUUGGCGUCAUCCGUAAGCAUCCGUAAGCAAGAGCUGCACAAACAAGAUCUUGACCAGCAUAUUAGCAGUGAAGACUUUGCCAGAAUAGCGAACCAGCCCACCAACAAAAAAUUAGAGUCGGACAUGCUGGCCCUGUCUAAACGCCAGUUAACCUUCAUCUCGCGGGACAGGUUCGCCGAGUUCCGAGACAACUUGAUGCUGAAGCUGCUGUGUAGAUCUGCUCAGCGUCCUGGAGCUCUGGCGAACCUAACGGUGGAGGAGUUCAAGAAUGGCAUUUGGGACCGCGAGCAAGAGCCCCCCCUCUUCAUAACGGAGACACAAAUUCACAAGACCUCGUCGACAGAAGGCAGUGCAGCGAUAUUCUGGAAUGGGACCAAUUAUGAGCUUGGUCAAGUCUACUUGAAGAAACUCAUGCCACUUAUCCAAAACCCAGUCCUGUCCGUACUCCCGCACAUAACUGGGGUGGCAAAAGAGCGCCAUGCCUUCUUUGUCAACUAUUCUGGAAAAUUCAUGACAGGAAGGCAGAUCACUCGGCGCAUCAGGGAUGUGACAAAGAAGACAUGCCCGGACUUGGCAGUUAAGUUUCACGGUUCCAGAAUUCGUAAACAUAUCGUCACCGAGCACCGCGAAAGCAUGACCCCAGAUGUGUCUGCAGCCGACCUCGCCAGCCAGAUGUCGCACAAUGUAAAAACAGCAAGUGCUUACUAUCAUGUAGACGAAAUUGUCAAAAAGAAAGCACGUGUUGGUCGAUACCUAGAACAAAAACUUAAACUGUUCGGAGACCAACCAUCCGCAUCAACUGCCUGGGAGAAGGACGAAGAUUCUACAACAACCCAUUCACAAACCAAAAAGCAUAAACCAAACCCAAAAGGCAGAAAAGUAUUUAAUAGUAUACAAUCUAAAGUGGUUGAGGAAGCAACGUUACAACUGAAGGACAACGCAUCCAAGGGAGAAAUUCUUCAAGUCCUGGGGAAAGACAAAAGCGCAAAAGAGCACGGGCUCAUCUCCGGAGGACAUUUCUCAGACCAGCAGCUGCGGGACAAAUUCCGCAGCUUGCGAAGAAAUAAGUAGAACAAAUUAGUGAGAACGAACCUAUGAUUAACAUACAUUUUUUUAUAAUUAGGGGUUAAUUAAUUAAUAAUUAGGGGUUUGGACAUUUGUCAAUAUUGUUUAAAGCUACGUUUACACGCUACGAUUAAUCGUGUACGAUUCGUAUUCUGGCGUAUUAAAAUGAGUGCUAGCGCCAUAAUUCAUUGCUGUUUCAUUGAAAAGAAAUAUCAAAUGCAGCCAGCUUACGCGUGUUUACUCAAUGACGUAUGCCAGUAAACGAAUCGUACACGAUUAAUCGCAGCGUGUAAACGCAGCUUAAAGGGUAUUAGCA